GGCCUGCCGAUCCCUUUAGUCCAGGAGCUAAUGACGUGGGGGGCAUCUUACCCUUGAUAAAAAAUUUUAAGUCAACUUUUAGAAGCUCCCCCCCGCCAAGGCGGGGUCGUUCCAGAGCUUGCUACCCUCUUUAAUACUUAACCACCCCCCCCCCUCCACCCUCCACCACCACCACCAUUAUCAAGAUCACACAAUGCCUCUUCCAAUUGCUCUCCUCCUCGGUAAGAUCGAUCAUGCUCGUAAGGAAUGGGAAUCUCUAGCCGAAGUAGCGGAACUCAAGGAAAUCGCUUCUGGCACGAGGGAGUCCACGAUCCAGGAUUUUAAAAAUGGGAAAUACGAUGGUGUCGCAGUGAUUUACAGAACCCAUGAUUCUGCUAAUAUCACCGGCCGCUUCGAUGAAGAUCUUGUCUCCCAACUACCCUCCAGCGUGAAAUUCAUUUGCCAUAACGGUGCCGGAUACGAUCAGAUUGACAUUGAGCCCUGUACUGCCCGCGGCAUCCUCGUAGCCCAUACCCCGGGAGCCGUCAAUAAUGCCACAGCCAACGUCGCAAUGAUGCUUAUCCUGCAAGCCCUACGCAAGACUUACAUCGCUGAGACCUCGAUCCGUAAGGACACUUGGCGUGGUCAAUUACCCCUCGGCCACGACCCGGACGGCAAAGUCCUCGGCAUCCUCGGCCUGGGCGGGAUCGGCGUGGCCCUGUCCACCCGCGCGAAAGCCUUCGGCAUGAAGUUGAUAUACCACAACAGGAAGGAGGCGGCGUACAACCCCGCCGGUGCAGAGUAUGUGGCGGACCUUGCGCAGUUCCUAAGCAGAUGCGAUGUCUUGAGCAUUCAUCUACCAUUGACGGAGAGGACAAGGCAUUAUCUCGGGAAGAAAGAGCUGUUGGGGUUGAAGAAGGGGGCUGUGCUGGUUAAUACUGCGCGUGGGGCAAUUAUCGACGAAGCGGCGCUGGUGGAGGUGCUCGAGGCGGGUCAUCUGUGGAGUGUGGGGUUGGAUGUUUACGAGGAGGAGCCGAAAAUUCAUGGAGGGCUCGUUGGGAGGGAGGAUGCGGUGCUCUUCCCCCAUAUUGGGACUUUUACUGCCGAGACGCAGGCAAGCCACCUCUCACUCUCUAAAACACGCCAGGAACUGACAAGGAGGGGGGGUAGAAAAAAAUGGAGGUUUUGGUCAUUGACAAUGUCUUCUCUGCCUUGACUAAGGGGGAGCUGCUCACGGUCGUUCCGGAACAGAGGGGGAAAGAGGCGCUAAUACAUGAAAAUUGAUAAAUUCCGUCGGAACAGACAUUUCUGGGGUUACAAAUUCUACUCGUCCCAGGCAAAAAGUGCCCGGAAAGCGGGGAGGGCAUAUCUUUGCCCGAGACAAGCAACUACUAUACUAUAACCCCCUGUUCAUCACGGUCAAUCACUCGCUUAUUGUUAAAUGCAACUGUAAUUAGUAUACACAAUAUAUUACACUCCUCUCA